AUGCAGCAUCAACUUAGAGAAGAGCAGAUGCGAGCGACAUUGAAACAGCUUCAGACGGAUGUAAAUGAAUUACUUGACGAUCAGGAACAAUACAUACGGUUUGUAUACGGCAAGAUUAGGGGACAGCUAGAGAGGAUGCACCACAUGAUAGCCUCGGGCGGCGAUGCCGCGACUGCACUUGGAAAUUGCUCAAGCUACCUCGGAAGCAUGGACCAUCUCACGCAGGCAUAUACUGGUUGCAUGACAGAUGGUCAGCGUAGUGGUGCGGCUGGGGGUUGCUCGCUUCCGGCUGCCUCCACUCCGUUAAGUGAACGUAUACAAGGAAUGCUGCCCCCGCUACGUAACCUCAUGAUGGAGGGCCUUACGCAGACAGACUGUACACAAUGGGCUGCGUUAACAACGGCCCCAGGCCACGAAGAUUCACCAACGAAGUCCCCACAAAAACAAUGGGGUGAUGAGGGUCAGGUUUGUAGUGCUGUUAAUGCUGCGGUGGACUACACAUGCUUUGAUCCCAUCGGUAGUGUAGGUGGUGAUGAUGAUUUGCAGCAGAGUGCAGAAGGAAGCCUACUUUCACCGUAUGCAUGUGGCGAUGACCUCAGGCACGAGCAGCUGCAUCAGGGGGAUCUGAUUGGUCAGGGCACCAAAGCAGACGUUAUUCACAUCGGCACAAUCAACUCGUUAUCAAAUCAGCAUGUCACAACAAGCGUAAGGGUGGAGUAUGUAAAUGGACGGCCCAAAGCUGUGUCUAUCCCCGAUGGGGCGCCGGAAGAUCCAGAAAGGUUAGGCAUUGAUGUCCAUUCACCGUGCAAGGUAAUGGUGGAAUUUAAGAGAAAGCGUGUGCUCCAGUUUGAGUCGAAGGAGUAUGUUCCUCCAGGAAGUUGUGUGGUUGUUGGUGGUGACCGCGGGGAGGAUAUUGGCCUCGUAACGUACACUUGGUGUGAAACAACACGACCAUUAAGUGGGGGAGUUGACACCUCUUGCGCCUCUGACACCACUAAUGGAAGCGUAGGGAGCAAAGGAGUUGUUGUUGGUGUUGGUCUCGCUGGCAGUGCCUUCACGCGUAACAUUGGCCUUGGGUCGGGAACUGUGCUUCGUCUUGCUGAUGAAUCGGACGUUACGCAGUUGCACACGGUACAGGUGGAGUUGGAGCGUCGUGCGAUUGAUGUCUGUUCGCAACGCGUACUCGAGCGUGGGUUACCCAUGACUAUCGUUGAUGCAGAAUAUCAAUUUGACAAGAACAAGCUUACAUUCUUCUACGAGGCACAACAACGCAUGGACUUCAGGGAGUUGGUUCGCGACCUUUACAAAACCUUUCGAGCAAGAAUAUGGAUGGAGGCAGUGGAGAACUAA